UGGCCUCAAUUUCUUUAUCUGUUAAAUGGUAACAGUGGUAGCGCUCCCCGGGCUGUGGGGGAGGUCCUGAGGAGCGUGCUCCGCGGAGUCUCUGCAAGGGACAUCUCUCGUCAAGCUUUCCACGGGGACAGGGUCCUCAAGCGACACUUUCUCAGUCCUCAGUAGCUUGCAAGUCCAUGGUUUAACACAGGAAAGCUACUGCUGCGGAUUUCCUUCCUUUCCGCUUCGGGGAGAUGAUUUGAGAUUUGGAGAUCCAGGAGCUAGGAGAGCUGUUAAAUACGCUGUGGAGGAAGAUCAAAAUGGAAGGACUGUCUGAUGUUGCCUCUAUUUCAACUAAACUUCAAAAUACUCUGAUCCAGUACCACAGCAUUGACGAAGACCAGUGGCGAGUUGCCAAGAAGGCGAAAGAUGUGACAGUUUGGAGAAAGCCCUCGGAAGAGUUUAGCGGGCAUCUCUAUAAAGCUCAAGGAGUUAUAGAUGACGUGGUCAAUAAUGUAAUAGACCAUAUACGCCCAGGGCCCUGGCGCCUGGACUGGGACCGGUUAAUGACUUCACUGGAUAUUUUGGAGCACUUCGAAGAGAACUGUUGUGUGAUGCGUUACACCACUGCUGGGCAGCUUUUAAAUAUUAUCUCCCCGAGAGAGUUUGUUGAUUUCUCCUAUACUGUGGGCUAUGAAGAAGGACUUUUAUCCUGUGGUGUGAGUGUUGAAUGGAGUGAGACGAGACCAGAGUUCGUCCGUGGCUAUAACCAUCCCUGCGGCUGGUUCUGUGUUCCACUCAAAGACAGUCCAAACCAGAGCCUUCUGACAGGCUAUAUUCAGACAGACCUACGCGGCAUGAUCCCUCAGUCUGCAGUGGACACGGCAAUGGCAAGCACGUUAGCCAACUUCUAUAGUGAUUUGCGAAAAGCUCUACAAAAGGCAUGAUGUGUUCAACUCCUGUUGCCGUGGUUUUCUGAUUCUGCUCCUCCCCCUCAGCUCCCUGACCCGUAGAAGCCAUGUUUCUGCUUGCUGCGGCCUGUGGGAACAUUGGAGGAGUUGUAGAGGCCAUGGUACAAUCUCAUUUUGUAUUAAAAGUAAAUGGCUAUGUUUAUAGGGCAUUUAGAAUUUCUUAAAAGUCUUAUUUGCACCUUGUUUGGUUGUGACGGUAUGUCUGUGAACGGAAAGGAUGAAAUACCAAGAUUUAGGUCCAGGCUAAGUGUAGUCUAUUCACACGGGUCAAAUAGUUCCUUAGGAGGAAGCUUUUGCCUGCUUGGAAAUUACAAAGUGUGCAAACUCAGUGCUAUUCAUGUUAUUUUGGAGCUUUUUGAACAUUUUUGUAAAAUUAUAGUGGUUCCUCAUGUAAAUGUGCAUUUCUCCUGCUGUGUUCUGUGAAUUUGCCAAUAGCUUGGACAAAAGGAAGAAGUUCUCCACAGCCUGUGAAGAGGAGUCCACUGUUGGUUCACUUGUGCGAUUUUAAGUAUUAGGAGGACCACAGGCAACAAGAAUGGCACAGUUCAAUAGAGUUUAAUUUUGCUAUGUGGGUGACGUUCUUCUACAGAGUCUGUAAAAACAUACUUGUGUCCUUAUGUACAUUUAUCCUGGGAGUGACUGAAAACAGCCAGGUGUGCACUGGUGACAUCGCACUGAGCAGUAGCUGUCACCGAAGGAACCAGCUAGUGGUUCCCCUCGUCACCAGCAAAAAGGUCAGUGCUUAAAAAGUCAGAUUCAGUGACUGUUCUGUACAUACUUCAACAGGAAGCUACAAACUGCAUGCUAAAACAUUCAGUUUUGAUGCAACUUCGAUAUGAAAUUGUAGCAAAAGCAUCAUUCGAUUCAGUCAGGUGACCAGAAUGAACUAUGAAUGGAACUGUCUUAUGUGAACAUUACUUCAUGGCUACGACAUUCCAGAUCUUUCUUUGACUUCCGAAUAUCUACCUAGUUUAUUUGUAAAAUGGACAUCUGAGGUGACUCCGUGUCCACACAUACUUUGUGUUUGUGUGAACACGCAGCACUCAGUGAUGAGUGUCAGUUCUGGAUGUGUUACUGUUUCUGCUCCCCACUGGCCUUGUGUGUUUCCUUUCCUUCUUUUGAUUGGUUGGUUGGUUGGUUGGUAGGUGGGUGGGUCUGUGUUUCUGUUUUGACAAAUAUAAAGUGAGCUCGGUAAAUAAUUGCAGGCAGGCAAGCCACACAAAAAGGCCUCCACAAGUCUCUGGGGGUUCAGUGCAUGAAGGAAUGGUUCAAAGGCAGGAAGGUCUGCUCUUUCAUUUUACAUUAAUUUGUUUCUCUAAGUGUCCAUUCUUUUCAAUCAUUUUGACAGUCAAAAAAGUGAGACUGGCUUUGCUCUUUUAAAAUUUUUUCUUGCAACUGGUGAUGAAGAUGAUGCACACGGAACAAAAGUACAGUGUUAGCAUUCUGGUGGAUGAGCUCCUAGCUCUUGGAUUGAAAUAUCGCUUCCAGCAUCUGCCAGAGGCACUUCCCCCAGAGGGCCGUGUUCUCAGUUUGUUCAUUGUGAAGCUCCUUGUCUGACUUUAUUGUACCUUCUGAACGGCUAGAUUUCGUUACUGCUCUUCUCUUCAGCAAUAAGGAAAAGAAAAUGCACGUGAGAGUGUCCAGUGAAGACUGUUAAUUGCUCACUGUCCAAUGUGUCGUCCGUGACUUUACCUGUUUUUAUUGUAGAGCAGAAGGUCUCAUGUCCCAUUAGUCUGUGUGUGAUAAUAAAGUGAAAGGGCUUGGGUAAA